AUUUUACUGAGCAACCACGUAGGAAAGAUUUGACUGUUACACUCGGUCCUACGCCUAAAUGUGUCCCCCUACAAACUGUUAACCAUAACCCUUUCUUUUCUUUUCUGAUCAAAAGUUCACGAUUGUGUAUCCAUAUAAUUUUUUUCUUCGAUUAUUGGAAACGCGGAGCCAAUGAAGGAAAAGAUAAGAGCAUGACGUCACCCCCUGCUCACGACCGAAGUGCGAAGAAGAAGAUGACGACGGGCGCCAGCGAUGACGACGGGGAGGCCGAAGACCCGGUGGAGCGAAUGAUCUCUCGCACGGGGUGCGCUGAAUUGCACGAGGCGCUGCAGGACUGCAUGGCCGAGCAUCAGGACUGGCGAGUGUGCCAGAGCCACGUGGGAGCCUUCAAAAAAUGCAUGAGCGACUACCACAAGGCACGGCAGGAACUCUUGAGCCAGGGCCGGCGGACGGGCAAGACCACGUCCACCUGAGCCCGGACCUCAUUUCUGUAUAAUCUGGGUCCGAUCUGUAUUAAACUUGGUUGUAUGCAAACACCUUCAGAUACUUUAAACGCAAUAAAAAAAAAAGUGACUUUAUGAUUA